UGGCAGCAAAACCAGCAAACUAUUAUGUAUACCUGUUUGGCAAGUUCAGUUAAAAAGCUGACAAAAGGGAAACCAAAGAGGUGAGCAGACACAGACUCUUGCUUCAUGCUGACAAGGCUUGUCUGACUUAUUCUGUGACUCGACGCUGAAUAUCUUUGAAGGUCGGGAGCGAUGUUUCGCUGGGUCUUGCUUGCUUUGUUCAUCAGCCUCUGUGCCAAUGCUGAGGCACAAAAAAAGAAAGGGAAGACCCAGACUGCGCCCCAGUCCAGAGGAUGGGGAAAAAAUAUUAAAUGGGUCAAAAGUUAUGAGGAGGGCCUGUCAGAAAUAGCCAAGAGUCAGAAACCACUGAUGGUCAUUCAUCAUCUAGACAACUGUCCACACAGUAAAGCUCUGAAGGAGGCAUUUGUUGCUGAUAAAUCCAUCCAGAAAAUGGCCAAAGAGGACUUCAUCAUGCUCAACGUGGUGGAGGAAACUGGAGACAAGAAUCUGGCACCUGAUGGUUAUUAUGUUCCCCGAAUCCUCUUUGUUGAUCCAGCUCUGACUGUGCGUGCAGACAUUGUGGGGCAACACACUGACCGUCUCUACACCUACAGCCCGGAUGACAUGGAGCACUUGGCUGCAAACAUGAAGAAAGCCAAACUCCUGCUCCACAGUGAACUCUGAUGCGGCUCCACUCCAACCAGAUGGAUGCUCCUGCAGAACGACCAGCACUGAAGUGUUACACGGGCUUUUAGAGCUCAUUAAAACCAACAUUAAAGGGAUGAAAGUGUUAUUUUAUUCAUGUGUUUGUAAUGUUUUGGUUGCUGGUUUGCAGCAGCACUUUCUUCAUGCAAAGAACGUGCUGCAUACCUCAGAAAAAGGUGGAAAAACAACUUCAAUUGUCAAGUUUUAUACAGAAGAUUUCAUUGUGUUGUAUCAUUAAACACAGCUAAAUAAAUUGCUUUCAAAUUAAA